AAUGUGCAUCGAAAUUCUGUCUGCCCAACCGAGUGGUCGCCCCUGUGCAAGGUCGAAUCGAAUCGUCUUGGGCACCAAAAUGCCUGGUUGGAGUUCGUUAAGAGCACCAACAUUAAAUGGUGCUAGAUUUUUUCUAAAUAACAUAAGGCGGUCUCAAAAUGUCCAUACCUCAGCACCCAAAAUGGGAGGUGGUGGGCAUGCUGAGACAAUGGUCAUAAAACCAAGCCAGUAUCAGUGGAACAGAAUUAAAGAUGAACUGCAUUUUUAUAUUUUGCUGGGUGUGCUUCCUCUAGCUGCCUUCGCCACAUACUGCAAUGUUGUGUAUGGUCCAGCAGAGUUGCAAGAUAUACCUGAAGAUUAUGUCCCCAUGCCUCAUGAAUAUCUGAAGAACCCUGUGUCUCGAAAGCUGGUCGCGUUCUUUAAUGACUGGUUAAUGGAAAGCUACGAGAAACGCUACGAGAAAACUGUAUACACUGUAUGGAGAGAUAUGGAGAAACAAAAUCAGAGACUGGACUUCUGGAAGAUGCAGAGGUUGAUGGGGGAGAGGCAGGACCAGAAGAACUUCUACUUCAUACCAGACCGCAGCAACAUGAGCGAGAGGUACACCAGGGAGAUGUAUGACCACAUCCAAAAGAUAAAGAAGAGUGACUAAAGACAAGAAAGUGGUCUGGAGAUUACUUAAAAGAUGUGCUCUAAAAAACAGAAUGUUUUAUGCUUAAAGUGAAUACUUCAACUAUUUGA